ACCUCGAAGACGGACAUUCUAUACAGUCUAGGUAUGGAUUCAUAACGGGGGUCGCUAAUGCGCGUGUUUUUGCGUGGUUAUAAUGCAUGUGCCCAAAAGGUUCUUGCAACAGUCAAGAGCAUGAACGUUUGCUUGCGGGUGAUGUUCGAAGCUGGGCAAUACUGCUAAGUCCGAUCCACGCGGAAUGUCGAUCUGUCGGAUCUUCCGCCUGGCUUGGAACCUACUUGGAAUCUUUGCAAAUAUUGCCAUAGAAACGCUUCAACGACCUCCAUAUUGUAUUCACACAACACUAGUGCAAUGAAUGGGUUCGCAGCACGGAUUAAGAUCUAAGAGCUCACCUUGACCUUAACAUUCUGACGUCAGAGUUCCAAGACGCGGUGUGGAACUGUGAUAAUGACGAACUCGAACAAUUCAGAGCAAGAGAUGGGAAUACUGUAUGGAUGUCAAUGACAAAGUCCAUGACAUAGCAAGACUAAGCAACUUGGUACUUCGUAUUUAACCGCGGAACUUCUCCUCAUCCUCGCAAACGUCAUGUCGCUCCCAUCUAAGACCGCAGAAUACUACAUUGCUAAGCCCGAGGGAAUUGAGCACCUCACCUUCAGGGAGGCACCACUCGCACCUCCGAAGUCUACAGAGGUUCUUGUUAAAAUUCAUGCUGUCUCUCUAAAUUAUCGCGAUAUUGCCGCUGUUACGGGCACAUAUCCCGGUCUCAAGCCUGAGGUAGUUCCAUGCUCUGACAUGGCAGGCGAGGUCAUCGCCGUUGGCAGCGAAGUGAAGGACUGGAAGAAAGGCGAUCGUGUUACUUCCAACUUUUGCGUCGACCACCUUUAUGGUGACGUUACGAAAGAAAUCCUGGACAGUGCUCUCGGAGGCCCAUCCGACGGAACGCUCACUCAGUACAAGAACUUCCCUGCACACGCCCUCCUUCGUGUUCCGGAGUAUUUGACUUAUGAGGAGACGGCCACGUUACCUUGUGCAGCUGUUACCGCUUGGAAUGCACUCCUUGGACCCGUGCCUCUCAAGGGCGGAGACACCGUUCUCGUCCAAGGUACCGGAGGCGUAUCCAUUUUCGCUCUGCAAAUUGCCGCUGCGAUGGGCGCCACUGUCAUCGCUACUUCGUCGUCAAACGAGAAGUUGCAAUUGGCAAAGAAACUAGGUGCAACUCACCUGAUCAAUUAUAAGGAACAUCCCGAUUGGGACCAACAGGUCUUGAAACUCACAGGCGGAAGGGGCGCUGACCAUAUCAUUGAGAUCGGCGGACCUGGUACACUUCUCAAGUCCAUCUCUGCCGCUCGCUAUGCCGGAUGGAUUCAUAAUAUUGGUUUCCUCGCUGGUGAUGACGAUCUGAAAGGUUUAACAUUCAAAUUACUUCAGAAAGGCGUUACCUUCCGUUCAAUCCUCAUCGGUUCGCGCACUCAAUUCGAGGAUAUGAACCGUCUUUUUGUGGCUCGUCAGAUCCACCCUGUGGUUAACAAAGUGUUUACAUUCGAACAGGCUCAAGAGGCGUAUCAGUAUUUGUUGAGCCAGAAGCACGUUGGGAAGGUCGUCAUCAAGGUGGCGAAGGAUUAAGGGAUUAAAGAAAGUCAAAAAUUAAAUCAUAGGAAGUCUGAAGUUAUGUAUCAUAGUGGUAUGUUUUGUACAACAGUCUCUCCUACGGUCAGUCGAUGGACUUACUGAAUUCGAGACCUCCCCCAAUUAGGUAUUGAAUGAUUGAUACUCAUCACCACCAUGUUCCUCAGUCUGUGCUGUGUUGCUUGCUUAUUUUGCAUAAGUAUCAUCGCCUCUGUCAUUCAGCUGGAUCUAAGCACCACGACCUUCAGCUUUCAGCGACAUGAAUACGUUUCUACAUAUUAUUAUUAACGCGAGCCGACCCUGAACAUUACAAGAAUGGGAGCACCAAUGUUUCAUAUUCCGCAGGGUACGGAGAAGUAUAGUGACGUGUAACGAGCAUUGGGUUCACUUCGGAAUUAUAUCUCACUAGUUGUACCCGGCAAGACUGCAUAACUUCUACACGUGCAGAAUUUUGAUG